CUCUAUGAUUAUAAACAUUUGGUAAUGAUUGUGCCACUGGGCAAUGACGAUAACUUGGGUGUAACUUUAUAAUACAUUCUGUGAAAAUAAAAUGUUGAUAACCUCCUAAGCCUUGAUUGGCUAUGUUUCUAACACGUGAUCUAAGAGGUUGUGAAAGUUUAAAAGGCUGUACAUCUGGCUAGCUAACUCUUUAAAUGUAUCUCUGGAUGAGGGAUAACGUUAGCUAACUGGCCUAGCUAACCAACGUUAGCUGACCAGACAGGCUAUAGACAACUUUCACCGACUAUCAAGCUGACCAAAACCACAGCUAGCUAGCUACUGAAACGUCCACGGCACCUGCAAUCAAUAUGAAUGUAGUUGAGUUCCUGGUGUCCCUGCUGGAUGUGCAUAAACAACAGCUGAAAGCGCUGACCAGACAGGGGGAGAUCCAGGAAAAGGUCCUCAGCCAGCUGGUCAAGGAUGGUUUAACCAAAACCCUUGACCGGUCUUCACCGCAGGAUGAAGAGGAACAGAGAAGGCCUGGGAUGACAACAGGGAGAGAUAAAGACCCAGAGGACUGGGUUGCUAGGCUGGCUGGGCUGCUGCAAGAGGAGACACAGAAGAAGAGUCAACCGAUCAGACCCCAGGGGUUGACUAAUGCCUCCCAGACCAGGGAACAGGGACAGAUGUGGACUGUGGAGGACAAGAGCAGGCAGGACUUCCUGUCCCUGAGGUACGACACCCAGAAGGGAGCCAGAGAGCUGGGGCAGAGGCUUGACUCAGCUGCUAAGCACUGGCUUAGGCCUGACCUAAGGACUGCUGCACAAGUAGAGCAGUGUGUUGCCAUGGAGCAGUUUCUGUCCCUAUUGCCAAAGGAGGCUGGUGCCUGGGUGCAGAAGCGGCAGCCCAGGGAUAUGGAGGAAGCAAUCAGCAUGGCUGAGCAGCGGCUUGGGUCUGGGGUCUUCACCGUCUCCUCGCCUGCCCCUACACAGACAGACACAGCACAGAGCUCAACAGAGGCACAUGAACAAGGGAGUGUCAAGAUGCAGAGCACCAGUGAUCAGCCAGAUGCUUUGACCAAGUCAUUUCUCAACCAGCUGGAGACAGUUAAACUGGAGUCUGUCCAUUUCAGCCUGGAGAUUCCUGACGUGGGGAUGACCAGCUAUCAGGAGGAGCAGGACGAGCAUAAGAGGGUCCCAGAGGAAGGGUCCAUCUUUGUGUGUAAGCAGGAAGUGGAAGAUCCUGACUGGCAUCAGGAGAGUGCUCCUCCAGAGCCCAUCCAAAUGUCUGUGAGAACAACAGAACAUGAAAGCAUGUCUGUGGACACACCUUACAUCUUCCUUCCCAGAAACAACCCUCUCUCCUCCACCAUGUACACGCAUCCAACACCCACAGUGUCCAGUCAGAUCCCCUCCCCACAGUCACCCCCACCCCUAGCUCCUGACGCCUAUCAUCCACAUGUCCAGAACAGCCCAGUGAUAGCCGGACUGCGGAGUAAUGCUUCUAGUGACGAGACUGAGCUUACUGCCAGGUACACAAGGCUAAUCUCUGAAGAUGGACAGUUGACCUGGGGGACCCUCUCGGGUGUUCCUUCACCCUCCUUCUACACUCGCCAGUCAUCACCCUCGCCCUCCCAUCAGUGCCCAGACUGUGGCUGCUGCUUCGCCCAGCAGAGGAACCUGGAGGAGCACAGGAACAUUCACACGGGAGCGAGGCCCUUCGUCUGUGGGGUGUGUGGCAAGGCCUUCUGCCACCGCCGCACCCUCAACAAACACACACGCAUCCACUCCUGGGAGAGACCCUUUCAAUGUACUGACUGUGGACAGACCUUCAAACUCAAAGACACCAUGAAGAGGCACCAGGUUUCCCACAGCAAGCCAGGGCCAGGGGCACGUCACCUCUCUCACUCACGCUGAUACUCUAACUAUCAGCACUUCACCUGGCUGGGAGGAGGCCUCGUGAGAAUUGACACACAACAAGGACUUGAAGUAGGACUGGUCAGGUGGCUUUCUCUGUAAAUGUCCUACGUAGGCAGAUGUAUUUGUGAGAAAACUACCAGUGUUUUCUGUUGGCGUGUUCCAUAAACAGAGGACACUGCUUUGGGUUUCACAGGUGAACUGGUUGGUGGAACAUCGCUCCCAUGUUUCCAUGUAAACAAGCGCAAAUGACUUGUUCUUUAUUUAUUAUUUUUUUUGUAGAUGCCCUUGAUCCAAGAUAGAGGUAUUUCAUGCAUUUUGAUAUUGUGAUAGUUAAUCUUUAAUUAUUUGUUUGUGAUCAUGGUAGUACUUAUUUUCAGAACAGAGAUCAGAAAACAUUGUG